AUGGAGGUGCCUGCACCUGGGAGCUCCAGCCUCAAGGCAGGAGACAGGGCCCAUGAAGCCACUGCAGGAGCAGGGAACUGCAGGCGCCCCUGUGCCCGGCCAUCACCACCACCACCGCCGGCUGAGAGGGAGCGCCGGGAGGGGCUGGUGGAGCUGCAUGCCUCCUUCACGGAGCUGUUCACCUUCUUCUGCACCAACACCACCAUCCAUGGCCCCCAGCACCUGCUUGGCUCCAACCACAGCCGCCUCCGGAGGGCAACCUGGGGGCUGCUGCUCCUGGGUGCCCUGGGCAUAUUCUGCUGGAAAUUCAUACUACACCUUCAGGAGUGCUGGGGCUACCAGGCUACCAUGACGGUGUCUGUGCCCUGGGGCCGCAGGCUCUCACCGGCAGUCACACUAUGUGACAUGAACCCACACCGCCUUGCCCCCCAGUACCUGGAGAAGUUGGAUGAGUUUGCACGGGAGAACAUCUACUCUCUGUACAAGUUCAACUUCAGUGACGGCAGGCGCCCCACCAGGACCACCCCCACAGCCUAUGGCCCGGGCCCCAAGCUGGACUUCCAGCUGGACCGAGGACUACGUCUGCAGAGGCUGAGCGAACCGGGCAGCCAGUGUAAAGUGGGGUUCAGACUGUGCAACAGCACGGGCGGCGACUGUUUCAACCGCGCCUACUCCUCCGGCGAGAAGGCUGUGCGGGAAUGGUACCACUUCCACUACAUGAACAUCCUGGCCACCGCCCAGGAAGAUAGCCACCAGAACCACUUCAUCCUCUCCUGCCAGGACAACUCGCAGGACUGCCCAGCUGGAAGCUUCAAGACCUUCCACCAUCCCAUCUAUGGCAGUUGCUACACCUUUAGUAACAUCUUGGCUACAACGCACAAGGACAUCACCCAAGGGAUCAGCCUGGUGCUCAGGGUCGAGCAGCAAGACUACCUCCCGCUGCUGUCCGCAGAGGCCGGCAUAAAGGUCAUGGUCCACGGACACAACCACACGCCCUUCCUGGAGCCACCCUCCCUAGAACGCAGCUUCCUGGAGCCCCGCAGCUUCAGCAUCCUACCGGGGACCAAGACUACCAUCAGCAUCCGAGAAGAGGUGGUGCAUUGGCUCCGGAGCCCCUAUGGGGACUGCAUGGACAGAGAAAAGGGUGUGGACAUACCGCUGCUGUACAACACGUCCUAUACCAUGCAGGCCUGCCUGGUCUCCUGCUUCCAACAGCUGAUGGUCAAGAACUGCUCCUGUGGCUACUACCGCUACCCCCUGCCUGCUGGGGCUGAGUACUGCACCUAUACCCGGCACUCGGCCUGGGGUCAUUGCUUCUACCGCCUCUACCAGGAACUGGAAACUCACAGCCUCUCCUGCUUCUCCCUCUGUCUCAGGCCCUGCAAAGAGUCCUUGUACAAGCUCUCCAUGUGGACCUCCAGGUGGCCUUCACCCAAGUCUGCUGACUGGGUCCUGGCCGUGCUUGGGAGUCCCCAGAACCGGAGCCAGAGCCCAAGGAGCGGCAUCGCCAAAGUGAACAUCUACCAGGGGAUCAACUACCUCAAGAUGAAGGAGACGCCACUGCCGAAGCUGUUCUCGGACAUGAAAAACCUCAUGAGCCAGUGGUUCGGUAUGUCCGUGCUCUCCCUGAUAGAGCUGCUGGAGCUGCUGCUUGACACAGUGUCUCUCGCCCUGCUGCUGGGCUACCGCUGGCUCUGUGAAGCAUGGGCAUCGCAGACGGGGCCCAGCAUGGCGGCAGGGGCAUCCAACACUCAGCUGGAGGCCAGUCAGGUGCCUGUCAGCCCAGCACAAGGCCAAGCAUCUAGGGGGCCAAUCCGGCCUCAUCUCCCACGGACACUUCCAGGAGCCCUGGUGGGAGUCUCAGCUGAAGAGUUAGAUUGGGCCUGGGGCCCAUUGCCACCCUCCCCCAGACUCCCAGCACCUGAACCAGCCCUGCAGGGACCAUCGGCUAUUUUGCUUGAUCCUGGGGGCUCUGGCCAAUGGUGCGCAGGCGCCAGGGCUCUGGAACAUCCAGGCCACCCAUGGGCCCAGCUGCCCUCCCUGGAGGUGGGGUCACAGGUCUGA